CAUAAAAGCAGGCUCAACAGAGACGCUGCUCCUGAUACAGCUACCCGCCACCAUGAUCGGUAUCCUGUUUGUUACCCUGACGCUGACCGCUGGGGCCCUCGGUUGUGGGAAUCCUGCCUACCCACCUCUCUUGACCAGAGUAGUUGGAGGAGAAGAUGCAAGACCAUUCAGCUGGCCCUGGCAGGUCUCCCUGACAUAUAACUACAAUGACGGCUGGUACCACACCUGCGGGGGAACCCUCAUUGCACCUAACUGGGUCAUGACGGCUGCUCACUGCAUCAGCUCUUCUCGGACCUAUAUGGUGUUUCUUGGCAAAUUCAACCUAGUGGCUUAUGAAGAAGGAGCGAUUGGAAUCAGUCCACAAAAAAUCAUUGUCCAUGAAGGUUGGAACCCAAGCGACGUUGCAGGCGGCAAUGACAUCGCUUUGAUCAAACUCUACCAAAGUGUCAGCACGACCAACCAAAUCCAGCCGGCCUGCCUCCCUCCUGCCAACAGCAUCCUGGCCUCUAACACCGUCUGCUACGUAACAGGGUGGGGAAGACUGAGGACAAAUGGUCCUCUCCCCGAAAAACUGCAGCAAGGGCCGUUGCUCAUCGUGGAUCACGCCACCUGUUCCCAGUCUAGCUGGUGGGGCAGCGUAGUGAAAACCUCCAUGGUCUGCGCAGGUGGUGACGGGGUGAUCUCCAGUUGCAACGGGGACUCUGGUGGCCCACUGAACUGCAGAGGUGCUAACGGCAGGUGGGAAGUGCAUGGCGUGGUCAGCUUUGGCUCCGCUCUAGGCUGUAAUUAUUACCGCAAACCCUCCGUCUUCACUCGGGUCUCUGCUUUCAACGACUGGAUUGCUAGGGUUAUGGCAAACAACUAACCUGAAGAGCUGUGAGCAACAGAUUAACCCUGUGCUGGGGGAUGGGAAGCAAUUUAGCUGCUUGAAAUAAAGUCGUAAUCAUGAAAUUACAAUCAUGAGGUGCUGAAGGAAUCCGUGUAUAAUAAAUAACGGACAUUUGUUUGCAACA